AGACGUAAACAAUUACGACUCUAGAACAUAAACGGUAAGAAUAAUGCUACUUUGACGAUCAUAUAUAACGAAAUUCGGGCUUUGCUCUCUGCAAAUCUCUGUGUUUGUGUGUAUUUCUAUAUAGAUAGAUGAGAAGAUGGGCAGAGUCUCAUUGAUCAUCUACAUUACAGUAACAAUACUCCUCCUAAUUCUCGUUUCCCGCUCCUCCAACAAGUCCCACCGUGCUCACCGCCACCGCCGCCUUAGACUCAGGUCCAACUUCAAUUUCACGGCGGAACCCCAUCACCAACACCGCGAACCCGUCCCUUUUGACCCCCUGAUAGCUGACAUCGAGCGCCAUCGUGAGGACAAGCAGUGGGAGCACAACUACUUUCAGAUCCACCAUCCCGAGUUGCUGGUUCCAGCCGAGUCGACUCACCAGGAGGCUCCCGGACAGGAGUCUCAGCCCGAGUGGGAGGACUUCAUGAAUGCCGAGGACUACGUGAAUGAUGAAGAACGGUUUAAUAUUACCAACAGAUUGGUGGUCUUGUUCCCCAAGAUCGAUGUUGACCCUAUGGAUGGGUACGUGAGUGAGCACGAGCUGACUGAGUGGAACUUGCAGCAGAGCCAGCGGGAGGUUCUGCAUCGGACUGAAAGGGAGAUGGAGGUUCAUGAUAAGAAUAAAGAUGGGUUUGUCUCGUACGCUGAGUACGAGGCCCCCGGCUGGGUUACAAAAUCAGAUAACAAUUCGUUUGGAUAUGAUAUGGGCUGGUGGAAAGAGGAGCAUUUUAAUGCGUCUGAUGUGGAUGGAGAUGGUCUUCUGAAUAUCACCGAGUUCAAUGACUUUCUUCAUCCGGCUGAUACCAACAAUCCCAAAUUACUUCAGUGGUUGUGCAAGGAAGAGAUAAGGGAAAGAGAUAGUGAUAGAGAUGGUAAGGUUAACUUCAAAGAGUUUUUCCACGGGCUCUUUGAUUUGGUGAGAAAUUAUGAUGAAGAGGCGCAUAAUUCUUCACACGAAUCCGAUGAUACAUUGGAGGCUCCAGCUAAGAAAUUGUUUACGCAGCUUGACAAAGAUGGUGACGGAUAUUUGUCUCAUGAAGAAUUAUUACCCAUUAUUGGAAAACUUCAUCCAUCAGAGCGCUAUUACGCUAAACAACAGGCAGAGUACAUCAUGCAACAGGCUGAUUCAGAUAAAGAUGGUCGUCUGAGCUUGAAAGAGAUGAUUGAGAGUCCAUACGUUUUCUAUAGUGCUGUAUUUAACGAUGAUGAAGAUGAUUAUGGAUACCAUGACGAAUUCCGUUAGAUCGAUGGUAGACAGGCAGGAUCAUAACAUUUCGUUUCGAAUUCUUUUUCCUCGUGCUUGUAAUGUACAAUUAGUCAGCCUACUGGGUUCAAGCCGAUGAGGUGUGGAUCGUGGACAAAUUCUCACAUGUUGUGUCCCAAUUAUCUUGUUUGCCUUUUAUAUGGUUGUUUUGAUAACUGAAAAUCUCGAGUACUGUAGCUUAGUUUUACUUUCGAUUGCAGAAUACGGGUUAUUGGUUGUUCAACUAGUGAAUGCUUUAGCACAAUUCUAGAAACACAACAUGUAAUUCAAAUUCUUUUCCUCCUCUUUGAAAUCCAUUUUUCAUGUCAUCUAUA